AUGUAUGGACGACCCAAAUUGGAUAAUCAAGAUCUCAACUUUUUCACCCCAUUAAAGAAAAAAUCCAAGAAGGGUUCAAAUAUUUGCAGGAGGGUGGGUUCUAGAACAUGGCAAGGGGAAGAUGGAGCAAUAGAAAUAAAAGAUGAAGAAACCCACAUGAAAAUUGGGUCUAGGAAAAGGUUCCGAUAUGAGAAUAAAGACUCGGAACACCAGGGUUGGAUAAUGCAUGAAUAUAAACUAAUUGGGCAUGAUGAGCUUGUUGUCUGUAGAAUUCGGAAGAAUGAAAAUGAUGAAGACGCGGUUGUGAAGAUGUUAGCUCCAAAAAUCGUCCUUGGCCCAAAUGCGAAAAUGGGACCACCAGCGAAGAAAAGGCCAGGCCUAGUCCUAGAGAGGCCCAAGCCAAAUUAA